CGACGUUAGUAAUAAUUUAGCGUGAUUAAAAUUGGGUUUGGGGUUGGGUGCCAAGCAGUGAAACUCUGAAAACCAUUACUCCGAUUUGUUUCACACUCUGCUUCUUCAAGCUCAAGUGCACCAAUGAAUUAUGUGGAUGACGAUGCUUCUUCGGGCUCUGCUGAUGAUGUGAACAUGCUAGAUGGGCAUAACAAGCGUCAGUCUGUGACGCCAUCAACUUCUGGCCGGCGCAAGAGAAGUCGUAAGGCUACUGGAGAUGCCAUUGUCGAUGCUAUGCUAGAAAUUGCAGCUGCUUCAAAAAUGAGGGCGUCCACGAUUAUGAAUAAUGAGGACCGAUUUUCUAUAAGCAAAUGCAUAAAAGUGUUAGAUGAGAUGCAAGAUAUGUCAACUGGCUUGGAUGACCUUGAUUUAGAAUUGGACGAAAUGGAACUAAUUGCAGCAGCUGCUGGUUGCUAUUACUAUAAUAGCAUAACUAGGCAAAUUCGUUGUAGUUCAUCACCUAGUGGAAGUAGUUUUAUGAAUGAGGUGCUAGAAGGACCUGAUGAUCUGUGUCGUGAAAUGUUUCGGAUGGAUAAGCAUGUUUUUCACAAGCUAUGUUACACACUCCGACAUAGAGGUAUGUUACGUGAUACAGCUGGUGUUAUGAUCGAGGAGCAGCUGGCCAUUUUCUUAAAUAUUGUGGGUCAUAAUGAACGCAACAGAGUAAUCCAAGAGCGGUUUCAGCAUUCAGGUGAAACCAUAAGUCGGCAUUUUAAUAAUGUUUUGAAGGCAAUCAAGUCAUUUUCGCGGGAAUUCUUACAACCCCCAAAUAUCAGUACUCCUAAGGAAAUUCUUAACAGUGCUAGAUUUUUCCCAUAUUUCAAGGAUUGUGUUGGUGUCAUAGAUGGAAUGCAUAUCCCUGCACAUGUCCCAGCAAAAGAUCAGUCUCGUUUUCGAAAUAGGAAAGGUGUUUUAUCACAAAAUAUUUUGGCAGCCUGCACAUUUGAUCUACAGUUUAUAUUUGUUUAUCCUGGUUGGGAAGGAUCUGCUGCUGAUUCACGAGUAUUAAGAGCAGUCUUAGAUGAUCCAGAUCAGAAUUUUCCUCACAUUUCUGAAGGAAAAUAUUAUUUGGUUGAUACGGGUUACUCCAAUAUGGAAGGAUUUCUUGCUCCAUAUUCAGGAGUUAGGUAUCACCUGCAUGAAUAUAGAGGUGCCAAUCAACUACCCAGAAAUGCAAAGGAGCUCUUUAAUCAUCGCCAUUCUUCUCUAAGAAAUGUCAUACAGAGGUCUUUUAAUGUGCUGAAAACUCGAUUUCCUAUUCUCAAACUUGCCCCACAAUAUGCCUUUCAUAUUCAAAGGGAUAUAGUUAUAGCUGCAUGUGUUCUACAUAAUUACAUCCGACGUGAGGAAAGACAUGAUUGGUUGUUUUCUAGCAUUGAGGGGGUUAUAGUGGAUGAAUUGCCUGCUUUUGAUGAGCAACCUGAGCUGCAGUUUGCCUCCUCAAUUCAGGAACAAAUUGCUUCAUCUUUACGAGAAUCAAUAGCAGCAGCGAUGUGGAAUGAUUUCUUAAAUAAAUGGGAUCAGUGGUGAUGAUUAGCUACAAUAUUUAGAAGAUUGUAGAAUAGUUGUGUACAUCUUUGUGUUUCCUCUCUUUCUUUGGUUGCCCGUUUGGAAAUUUCCUUAUCAUUCAACGAUGAUCGAUGCCAGAUCUUUCUGGAGUAGAAUCAACGGUCCAAGAUGUUUGAUGUAGUGCAUAAAACGGUGUAGUUCUCUCCAAAAAGUAACUGCAGCCGUCUGAUCCAGGCAUUAACCUGCUUCUGUCCUCAAUUUUGGUAUACUUUUUGUGAUGGAACGUAGUAGUGGUGAAUUGUAGCAUACAGAAGUUAUCAACUGACUACUAUGGUGUCUUCAACAGAUAAAAUUACUACGCGAGACUCUACUUUCUACAUUAGCCCUUGUCAGUUGUUAUUUAGAGAUAAAAAAUAGAUAUAAUAAUAGUACUAACAAGCUUUAAACUUCAUUUUGGAAGGAUUUCCAUCGGGUUGGGAUGCUAAAAGGGCAUUAGACCUAUGUGGCUUUUGUUUAUUUGAGUAUAUAUUUUUUUAACAAUCUAUCAUUAAAUUUAAAAUUUAACUCAAUUG